AUGCGUUCGGUUCUGUCGCUAAUCGCAAUCGCCGUGAUUGCAACGGCCACCAAAGAAAUCAGGGAAUCGGACGAAUCCGACUUCUUUCAGCCUAACAGUUAUCCGUACUACAAUCUGGGAUCGGUAGAACCUCGACAGGAGAUGGUGACGUUCUCUUUGGUAUUCCCUGUGAGACAAACACGACCGACCAUCAUGGAAUACAUGACCAGCACUUCCACCAUUGUUUGUACGAAAUACGUCGACACGCCUUGCAGUCUUCGCACUUCCAUCAUUGAAAGACCGGAACGGCCUUCUCGUCGCCCAGCAUGGUUUGUCAGACCUGGACGACCUUCACCAGUUUACCCUGAAAUGAAGGAACAAGAACGAGAAGAGGACAUUUUAAUGGACGAGGAUAUGGAACACCAAUUCGCCAUUUUCCCCAGUGCCGUCCAAAGAGUUGAAAGCACCCGGUUACCACGAUUGCCCUCACGAGAGGAUCGUGCCGCUGAUCCUCAAUUAGUGUUCAUGUACGGCAAUCGUCCUCAAGAUAUUGAAUCAGGUUUCCGUAGCGGCCCGUUCAAGCCGGUUUCUCUGCCAUUCAACCGGAGGUACGUCCAGGCGAUCGCCUCCCAAAAUCGGCAAAUGUUCCAGAAUUAUUGGACGGUGACGAGGAGAGCUACCGUAAUGGAAGUCACUGUAUCUACCUCGAUCCCAGUUUGUUCGAAGGCCGGCCCCAUUCCGCAAUGUGCCAUUGAUGAGCUCAAUCGCAAAUGUUCGAACUAAAAAUGUUUGGGCCAUUAGCCAUUCGAUGCAAGUCUUUCUACCAAAAGCCUUC